GACAAAAAUGAAGUCAACUUUGAAGAGGAUCCAUGGAAAUAGCUUGGGUACAUAUAUGUAUAUCGCAACAUGGCUUAUAAUCUUCGUUGGAGGUUUUCUCUCAACCGUAAACGCAGAUUUCGAUUACCAAAGCGCCCUUAAAAAAUCGAUUAUUUUCUUGGAUGCACAAAGAUCUGGAAAGCUCCCAGCCAAUCACAGGCCUUCUUGGAGAGGAGAUUCUGCUCUCCAAGAUGGCAGUCUUGCAAAUGUUGACUUGGUUGGAGGGUACUACGAUGCCGGUGAUAAUGUGAAAUAUGGCCUUCCAAUGGCUUUCACAGUAACAACUUCCGCAUGGGCUGCAAUUUCUUAUCAAUCGGAGCUUCAAUCUUCCGGUGAAUUAAAAAAUCUCCGUUCUGCUAUUCGAUGGGGAACUGAUUAUCUUCUUAAAGCUAGUUCUAGGCGUAAUCGUUUGUAUGUGCAGGUGGGAGAUCCGGUAAAAGAUCACGAAUGCUGGAUAAGACCGGAAAACAUGAAAACGCCUCGUACAGUAUUGAAGAUUGACCAAAAUACCCCUGGUACAGAGAUUGCAGCGGAAACUGCUGCUGCUUUGGCUGCUGCUUCUAUUGUCUUCAGACGCGUCGAUCAUGCUUAUUCUCGUAGUCUCGUUAACAGGGCUAGAUCGGUUUUCGACUUUGCGAAAUCAUAUAAGGGAACCUAUGAUGGAGAGUGUCCAUUCUAUUGCUCUUACUCAGGCUUCAAUGAUGAAUUGUUGUGGGCAGCAACAUGGCUAUACACAGCAACAAAAAAAUCAGUAUACAUGAAAUACAUACAAGAGGAAGCCACUAGUUCAACUGUUUCCGAAUUUAGUUGGGACCUUAAAUACGCCGGAGCACAAAUUCUCCUCACGCAAUUUUACUUUGAGGGCCACAAGGAAUUGCAUUCUUUCAAGGAACAAGCCGAUAGCUUCGUAUGUUCGGUACUUCCCGAUAGCCCCUAUCACAAGGUUUACAUUUCUCCAGGAGGACUAGUUCACCUAAGAGAUGGAGCCAAUUCACAAUAUGUCACAGGCACUGCUUUUCUAUUUAGUGCCUAUAGCGAUAUUCUAGCCAAACAUAAACAACAAGCCGUUUGCGGAAACAAUAAGUUCGAUUCCACCCGUUUAAUGGCAUUUGCCAAGCAACAGAUGGAUUAUUUACUAGGAAAGAACCCUAAAGGAAGAUCCUACAUGGUUGGAUUCGGUAAAGAUCCACCAAAACAAGCACACCACAGAGGUGCCUCUGUGCCUACGAUGUCUCCAACGAAGGUCGUUAGUUGUCCAAUGAGCUUCGUUUAUUGGUACAAUACUAACGGUUCGAACCCUAACGAGCUAACGGGGGCAAUUGUCGGUGGGCCCGACAAGAAGGAUGAUUUUGUCGAUCAACGCUCUAAUUCCGCUAUGACCGAACCAACUACGUACACUAAUUCGUUGGCGAUUGGUGUGCUGGCAAAGCUUGCUAGGCACCAUUCUCAAUCAUGAAACUAAAGGCUAUUGUAUAGGUACAUACAUGCCAAAACUUUGUAAGUAUAUAGAUUUUUUUAUUUCAAUUUUUUUUUUUUUUUUUUUUUUUUUUUUUGU